CGAACAACAACUUGUGGCGGCGCCGUGGUGCACGAUUCAGUUCCACUUCGGACAGCAACCUGUUAACAAGUAACCCGGCUUUCGACGUCUAAACCUAAUCCAACCGCACCGCCGCCGUGACCGUGCGCAAGCGAGCUCAGAAAUCGCGUGUCUAUUCGUGGCGCACAACAGAAUCAUCAUUAUUAGCUUAAUCGUUUGAAUUUGAUGUUUGCUGUUUUGUUCACAUCGAUUGUUUCGUCGGAAGACAAGUGAUUGUGAUUUUUUUACGGAAUUGAAGAAAAAACAACCCAGCAAUUUUCCAAUUUGUUGUGCAAUUGUGAGAAAUUUGUUUGUUAGAAGAAUUGUUCGUGUUUUGGCUAAAAAAGUUCACAAAAAAAAUCAACGACAGAAUAAUUGCGAUCGCAUUUCGCUGUCUGGUGUACUGGCCUAAAAAGUGAACAAAGUUUCGUGCCUCCAUAGGAAAAAAAAUAUCAGAAGCAAAGCUGCACAACGCCUAUCCAUUGGCGCUGUAUUCAUUCGCAUUUGGGGGCAAAUCGUGCAGAUCAAUCUUCGUCACGACCUACCAAAGGCGACGAGGAUCUGCAAUACACCGGUACGGCGCUUUUCGGCUGCACCCCUUUGGAUUAUAUUCCACGCGUGCGCGCACGGAGCGGACCUUUUAACAGUCCCACAAGCUCUUGAUUGAGUACAAGAUCAUUAGUAAUCAACUAACUUUAGACGAUUCUUCCUCGGAUACUGCCUCGAGCAUCAGUCUGAGCAGCAGGAUGAGACGACCAAGCGAUACCGACUACAGCAAGUCACACUUGCCAGACGUUUACGAGGAAAGCGAAACCGAACUGGCGUACGAACGAUCAACGAGAUCAUCGAGAUCACCCGACUCCGGUUUCAGGAGCAAUCGAACAUCUCAGGACCGCAAAGUGUCAAGCGCCUCGACCACCGGUUCGGAUCUCUACUGGGAAGCAACCGGACGACGCAGGAGCUCAGAUCAAGGUGUUGUCCUGACAACCGACACGGACAGCUUCAUCAUCGGUCAGCGCGUUUGGGUAGGAGGGCUCCGGCCGGGACACAUCGCAUACAUCGGCGAGACACAUUUUGCCCCCGGCGAUUGGGCCGGGGUGGUGCUCGACGAACCGAACGGGAAAAACGAUGGGUCCGUUUCCGGGAAGAGGUACUUUCAGUGCGAGCCAAAGAAGGGUGUGUUCUCGCGGCUGACACGAUUGACACGUGAUCCGAUGCCGGGCGCACCUACCGGAGCUGGAUCGUCCAGCGCGGGGGACACUUCGAUGGAUCAGAGCCUGCGGUCGUUGACAUCGCCGUCUCGUUCCGGAGCGGUGUCGCCUACGCACAGCGUGUCCAGCUUCAUUUCAAAAUCGCCAGCCGCUGGAAAGGCAGCCACCUUGACAGUUGGUGAUCGUGUGAUUGUAUCAUCCGGCUUCGGUUCACGUCCUGGCAUCUUGAAAUACCUUGGCGAGACACAGUUUGCCAGUGGAACCUGGUGUGGUAUUCAACUUGAUGACGCCAGUGGCAAAAACGACGGCUCCGUUGACGGAGUCAGAUAUUUCGAUUGCCUGGACAAGUAUGGAAUAUUCGUCCCGAUUGCCAAAGUCACACUGUCGCCCUCUUCCCGGAAAGCGCGACUGUCCCGGUCCGGAUCAAAGGAAUCGCUGACGUCGGUGGGAACGAUGAGCUCAAUCGCAACCACGGCCACCUCCAGACUCCGCAUGAGCGCACAGAGAAAAUCAUCGGUCAGCGCAGUGCCUUCGACACCCAAGUCUUCCUUCUCGCUGCAGGACGUCCUCCGGGAAAAACAGAACCACAUUGAGCAGCUGAUGCGGGAGCGGGAAAUCGACCGGGAGGAAACCGCCAAUCAGACAAUCAUGUACCAAAAGAACGUGCAACAGCUAAAAGAUAAACUCACCAGACUGGAAACGCAGCUGACCGAGGAAAAGCGUCGCAACGAGGACCUGCAGUUCAACGUCGACGAGGUUACCUUCUGCGGAGAGGAACUGAACCUAAAAAUUCAAAACUCGGUUGAUGCACAAUCACAAAUUCUAAAAGAGCGAAUAACUGACCUCGAAAAGCAGCUGGGCGAAAAGGGCACAUCCCAAUCCGAGCAGGGACUUCCUGCCAAAGACACAGAAAAACAUUCUAUUUAUCCUAAAACAACAGUUGAUGCCACAUCUCAACUAAACCUCGAAAUAGACAAACUCAAAUCGGAGAUCCUGCAACGGGACCAAAAGCUGCACCUAUCCGAGGAGUCUAAGCAAUCGCUCGAAGAUGAAAUCGCCAAGCUCCACGAACGGCUCGCCGAAACGGAAAAGAACCUGGACUUCAAAGUAUCGAGCUACAAUAUCAGCGAGCAGUGCCUCAAAGAGAAGAUUGCCUACCUGGAGCAUCGGAUCGAUGAGUUGGGUGUCGAGCUGACGAUUAAGGAUGCCGAUCUGGAGAAGCAGUACCUGGAGCAGAAAAACACCGAAGGUCAACUGGACGAGGAGGUGUCGCAUCUUCAGAGCGAUUUAAGGUUGAAGGAAUCUCUCGUGUUGGAGAAGGACAAACAGAUUGAGAAACUGACGGGUGAGAUCGAAGGGCUACUGAACGACAUACGGCAGCGGGAUGUUAAGCUGCUGGAAGGCGAGUCUGGGUUGAAAGCUGUGUUGGGGGAGAAAGAUGGUGCAAUCGGGAAAUUGAAUAAAGAAUUAGAGGAAUUGAAACUUAAGGAACAAAGUGCCAUAGUGGCAAUUGACGAUAGAGACAAGAAGUUAACAGAAUUAAAUGCCAAAAUUGUAGCUAGCGAAGAACUCGUGAAGAAGCUCGAGGAUGGGCUCAAAGAAGCAAGAAAAGGUGAACAAGUGCUCGAAGACGCGAUUAAAGCUAAAGAAAAGAGCCUAGAAGAAAAAGAAUCCCUUCUAGCUAGAAUUCAAGACGAUCUUAAGAACAGUUCAGCUGGAAGCGAACAGCAAUCGGUCUUGUUGCGUUCCAAGGAAACCGAGCUGGAACAAAAGCAGCACGAGAUCGAGGCGAAACAGUUCCAGAUAACCAACUUGGAGUCCACGAUCGCUGAGCUGACCAAAAAACUGGAACUCACCGUCAAAGAUGCGGAUGCUCGCUUCGCCGAACAGCGUGCGAGUAUGGAGUUUGAAACGAAGUCGAAGGAAGAUUUGCUCAACAAACUUGCCAACUUUGAGACUGAACAACUUGCCAAAGAUAAACAACUGGAGGACAACGAGGUCCACAUCAGUUCCCUGCAAACUGAACUAAAAGAACUCAUCGCGGCCAAAGCAAAUGUGGUGCAAGAGCUGGAGGACACGACAAAACGAUUCGCCGAUCGCGACAGCGCUUUAGGAAAACUGAACGAAGAACGAUUGCUGCUUAGUGAGCAAUUGGAAAAGUCGAAGAAGGAAUCUGCUUCAGCAAUUGCACUAUUGGAGGAGAGAUUGAAAAAUGCACAAAAGAUGCACGAAGACGACGUGCAAAAGGCAACGAAAGCACAAGAGGAAGCACUUGCUGCAAAAGAUGAGAUUGCUCUUGAACUGGAGGCAGCUGUAGACAAAUUACGCCAAGAAAAGUCCGAAAUUUUAUUCCAAUUGAAUCAAUCAGGGGCCUCGCAGAAAACUACAAGCGACGAACUAUCCGCUAUACGCGGAGAAAAUCAGCAGCUGGAGAAACAAAUUGAGACACUCAAGACUGAACUCUCCACCAAGACAGAGAACAUCGAAAAACUGAAUCAGUCCUUGACAGGCACCAGUGAAAAACUCGAAACGACCGAAGCGAAGCUUCUCGAUCAACAAGAGAUAUUCGGUAAGCUAGAGAUUGAGCAUGCUGAUCUGAAACGGAAAAUGGAAGCACAAGAGCAGAAAUCGACGCAACUUCAGCAGCAAAAAGUCGACCUGGAGAAGGAAAUCGACUCGUUGCGGUCAUCCACGUUGGAUUCCAAUUCGGAGCUUUCGAAGCUGGCCGACGAGUUGAAGACCAAACAGAAACAACUGGAACAGCUGCAGGAUACAUUCAACAGCAGUAAAAUCGAUUUGGAACGACGUCUGGACGAAGCAAAUCAGACGAAUCAGACAUUGAGCGAACAGAUCGAGCGGCUGAGGAACGAGAUGCAACAUAUUUCCAGUCAAAAGAUCGACCGAGAGAAUGAACUGAAUGUAGAGCUGGCGAAGAUUAAGGAGACGGCCGAAGUUGAGAAGGAGAACCUCGUGCGAGAGAUAGCCGGUUUGAAGGCGAGCUUCGAGGAGGAACGAGAUCGUCUGGUGAAGGAGAGUGAGGUGAAGACGGAGGAGUUUGAGAACGUUAAGAAGGAGCUCAGUGGGAAGGUUAAAAGUUUAGAAAAGUCUGUGAACGACUUGGAAAAGGAAUUACAGAAAGUGCAAGAGUGCUCAUUGAAAGAACGCGAGGAGGCUGAACAACAAUUGAAACAGCAAAGGGAGAAUGAAGCGACGUUACAAAAGGAAUUCAACGAAUUGAAACAGGAAGAAUGUUCUCUUCGGACUUCACUUGCCGAUUUGAGACAAUCUAUGGAGAAGGGGAGUCACGAUGCAUCGUCCCAGCUGGAUUCAAAGAAUGUGCAAAUCGCCGAGCUUCAAAAGGAAUUGCGAACGAUUCAGGAUGAGCUUUCACAGAGGCAACAGCAGGUUUCUGAUUUAACUCAACAAUUGGAACAUAACGCGGGAACCCAUUCCGAUCUGCUGAAGCAACUUGAACAUAAUCUGAAUGAUAUUCAGCAGCUGUCUGGUGAGAAGGCGAAGGUGGAGGGUUCAUUCAGGCUGGUUAGCGAAGAGUUGGCGUCGUUGAAGCUGAAGUAUGACGAGAUGGAAGAGGAACAGGUUGAUCUGGUAAGCAGAAAAGAAGGUCUCAAGGAAGAGGUGAAGGAGUUGAAAGCGGCUUUGGAAAGUGUCCAGAAGGAUAGAAGCGAAUAUCUAUCGCAGCUGGAGGCAGCAAAUGUUGGGUCAACUAAAAUCGAGGAAGAAUUAAAGAUGACGAAGCAGAAGUUGGCAGAUGAAACGGGUCGAUUGAAUGCUUUGGUUGAGGAGAAGAGCAUAUCGAUUGUUGAAUUUGAACAGAAGAUUGAGAAUCUAUCUCCGUUAGUCGAAUUAACGGAAGACCUUCGAAAACAAGUUGCGUCUAAGGAUCAAAUUAUCGAACAGCAAAAGCAAGAAGCACAAAAACAAAGUAUUGACGUGGAGAGUUUGCAUAAGCAAAUCAUAGAGAAGGAAACAAAUGUACACGAAAUUGAAACUUCGCUCAAUCAGCUUCACGAAAAGUUAACACAGAAAGAAGAUGAGGUACGGCAACUUACAGAAAAGCUCGAAUCUACGGAGCAGUGCCUUAAUGAGAAAAAUCAAAUAGGAGAAAAAACAGCAGCUGUAGCUAAUAGUUUGAAAGAGGAAUUAGACAAAACAAAAGCAGUUGUGAAAGAACAAGAGGAAAAGAUGAAAGAACAGCAUAGGAAGAUAGAUGAGCUAGAAAUAAAAUUAUCCGCACAGAGUACACAGUUCGAGGAAGUUUUAAACAAGAAGAAAACCUCAGAGACCGAAAGUUCUCAUAAGCUACAUGAGAUGAAUCAAAAGUUGCUGGAGCUUGAAAACAUCAAACAACUUGAAAUCUCAGAACUAAGCUCUAAAUUGGCAGAAACCAUGAACAAAUUUGAAACACAGAUGGUAGAAUCUGCAAAAACGGUUGGAAGCAUGCGUUCCGUAGAAAAGCGGCAGUACGAGUUGGAGUGCGAAAAGAAGGAAUUGGAGCUGCGUGAAACUGAAAUGGCGAUAACGACCCGAAAACUGCAAAAAGAGGCCGAUUUGUUACGUUCACAGCUCCUUUCAAAGGAUAGUGAAAUAAGAAAGCUCUCGCAAGAACUGGCAAAUGCUUCGUCUAAUGCUCCAUUAAUUUCGAGCACAGAUGGUACAGAUGGGGACACUGGAGCGCAGAUCAAUUUCCUCAACUCGAUCAUCGCCGAUAUGCAGCGAAAGAAUGACAAACUGACGCUGAGGAUACAAGCGCUGGAGCAAACCAGCAUCGAGGGUCCCAACACAAGCUUUGAAUUUAGCAAACGGAAACCGGCUCCGAGGGUGUUCUGUGAUAUUUGCGAUGAGUUCGAUCAGCAUGAAACCGAAGACUGUCCGAAGCAAUGUUCAGAUAGUCCACCGGAGUCGCUCAAGCACCCGUCAGCGGAAGCAAAGGAACGAAAGAUUCCACCACCCCGGAAGUACUGUGAAGGAUGUGAAGUGUUUGGCCACGAGCUAGGCGAAUGCCCCGACGAUGAGACCUACUAGGCUAGGAACGCGCAUGCUUUGAAGCGGAGACGGCACCCCAUGUGUAAAUCCCUAAUUUAUUAUUUCCAAUACCUAAUUUAUAUCAGUAUGACUGAAUGGUUUUCCCGUUGUGCGGUUAGGGAAAGUAAGGCAGUUAAAUAUUAUUCGUUUUAGGCAAAAAGCAAUAGUUGUUGUUUUCAAAUACAUACAAAACCCACGAACUAUUUAUUUUAAUUUGUAAUCAAUAUUACUUGUUGAACGAGAAAACAAUAGGCCAAAAUAGCUAUUGCACCUAUUAAGUUAAUUAACGAUCAUAACGGUAGAAUCAAACGAUAUCACUUUGAGUAGUUUUCUAAAUUUGAAAAUAUUUGCCAGAAUAGGUUGUUUUAAAAAUUCUUCAGUGAUUAAAAUGCAUGGCAUAAAGAUCUCAAUAUUCUCAAUCGUGUUUUUAAAAAAAUAUCAUAUUAUUGGAUAUUCAUUUUGUGCUGCUCAUCCUUAAUUUAAAGUGUGUUUUUCCCCUUCAAUCAUUUCAAUACCAUGGAUGGUUGGAGUGCGUAAGUUAUAACAUUUCAAAGAAAUUAAUUUUUGUUGUUUAUUUUUGUAAAAGCAUUAUCAUAGCCGCGCGGCUACAAAGCAUGCUCAUGCUGAAUGUGGCUGGGUACGAUUCGCGGUUCGAUCUAGGAAAUUUUCGGGUAGAAAAUUUUCUCGACUUCUCCGGGCAUAAAAGUAUCUUCAUGUUAGCCAUAUGAUACACGAAUGCAAAAAUGGUAACUUGGCUGAAAAAUUUCGCAGUUAAUUAUUGUGAAAGUGGUAAACGAACACUAAGCUGCGAGACGGCAAUGUCCCAGUGGAAGAUAGAAUACAAUUAUGAAGAAAAUAAUAAGAACGGCCAAACUUUUGACGACAAAUCAUAGCAUCGUCCUGUUAGCAUACUUGAUGUCUUCAAUCCGUAGUCUCACAGUUGAGGUCAAAAAAUGUCAUCUUCGAUUUUUAUUACAUCCUAUUCCGGGAAAUAAUAACUACAACAGUUUCUUGUAAUUAGUCUUUAUUACAUUUGUUACGUCGAAAAUAGGUACCAACUAGUGAAGUGUCGAUAGUCGAAGCUUAGAUAGGGAUCACAUAGGAAUAUACUUUAAAAAUUAAAACACAAUUCAAAACGC